AAAUGUAUGAAUGUUAGUGAGUGGGCGCUCCGGUCGGUAACACUUCACUGAAUGGCAAACGGCCUAACUGCUCUGCCAGUGUAGUGAGAUAUAUGGUCUGCACCCUCACUGAUACUGAUCUUGUCUUUAAAGUCCUUGUUUGCGCUGUUGUUUUUAUUGUCCCUGUUGUCUCCAUCUUAUAUAGUCAGCAGGAUUUCCAUGUAGACGACUAGAGGAAUAAUUUGGGAUAUUUCCCAGCACUUCUGUAUUGCUGGGGGCUCUGAACCGCCUCGGCUGUCGUCUGAUUUGUGCCCUAUGGAUUGUUCAUUGCUGCUGGAUGGGAGUGUGAUGGGGUCCAGGAGUGGGGUGUAUGUGACCUGAAGACCCUAUAUUAUGUCUACAUUAACUAUUUAUUAUCCAGAGGACGGGGAGAAGGUUCCAUGAUGUCACAUGCUGCACUUAUAAUGUUCUACUAAAAAGACUAUAAAUAUGGGCGCAGUUAUUAAUAAAUCUGUGUUAUUCUCUGCAGAUUCUUGUACCAGGAGAUCAGAGGAGAAUCUUAUAUCUUCAGAUUAUAAAGCAGAUGAUGAUAUCACACAAGAUACAUAUGAAGAACAUUCCAUUAUCCCAGAUACACCCUCAGCCCUUCACAGCCAAGAUCUGUCAUCUCAUCCUUAUAUACAGGUCCUGUCUUCUCAUUCAUCACAGGAUGUUCAGCAAAAUAAAAGUCACAGAAGGGGUGUUGGACAUCAACGAGCUCAUACAGGAAAGAAACCAUAUUCAUGCUCAGAAUGUGGGACAUGUUUUACUUUUAAAUCAGGUCUUGUUGUACAUCAGAGAACUCACAAAGGAGAAAAGCCGUUUUCAUGUUCAGAAUGUGGGAAAUGUUUUACUCAGAAAUCACAUCUUGUUACACAUCAAAGGACUCACACAGGGAAAAAGCCAUUUUCAUGCUCAGAAUGUAGAAAAUGUUUUCCUCAGCAAUCACAUCUUGUUACACAUCAAAGAACUCACACAGGAGAGAAGCCAUUUUCAUGUGCAGAAUGUGGGAAAUGUUAUACUGAGAAGUCAAGUCUUGUUCAACAUCAAAGAACUCACACAGGGGAGAAGCCAUUUUUAUGUUCAGAAUGUGGGAAAUGUUUCUCUCACAAAUCAAGUCUUCUUCAACAUCAAAGAAUUCACACAGAGGAGAAGCCAUUUUCAUGUGCAGAAUGUGGGAAAUGUUUUACUCAGAAAUCAGACCUUGUUGUACAUCAAAGAACUCACACAAGAGAGAAGCCAUUUGCAUGUGCAGAAUGAGAAAAGUGUUUUGCUAAUAAAUCACAUCUUAUCAGACAUCAAAGAAUUCACACAGGGAAGAAGCCAAUUUAGAGUAUUAUAUAUUAAUCAUGUACAUAGGAUAGUUGACAGUAAUACAUAUAUAUAUAUAUAUAUAUAUAUAUAUAUAUAUAUAUAAAUGCUUAUUUAUAGGCCUCAUCUCCAAACUUCUUACCAAUUGUUAAAGAGAACCUCUCAUUAACUUGUUACAUGUUAUAAUCCUCCCAGAUCACUGCCCCCAUCAUGAUAAACCACCCCCGGCCUUUAUUUUUAUUAUUUCUUAGUUUUCUACCUUGAUAUUGUUCUGUAUUUUCUGCUCAGUCUCAGUCAGAUUCACAGACUGGGAAGGGGCGUUCCCCAGCAGGUGUGACAUCAUCUGAAGCCAUACAGGGGAGAACUUCCUCCCUCACUCAGCUACACACAGCCCAGAGCAGUUCAGUGUGAGAUGAGCUAUGAUUGGCUAAGGCUGCACUGGCUAAGGCCAGCAGGAGUCCAAAGUAUGUGCAAGAGAUGGGGGGAAAUGUGCUCUGGACAAGUAGGGAGACACCUAGUGGCAGCUUUUUUAAACACAAAUAAAACAUAGAAAACUUCAGUGCAAUAGCAAUUUUUAAUGAGUGCCCAUUUAAUAAAAGUUUUCUUUCUUAUAUGAUUUAUUAUUCU